UUUGCAAACAGGUCAAAAUGCAAAUCUUUGUGAAGACCCUGACCGGCAAGACCAUCACCCUGGAGGUGGAGCCCAGCAACACCAUCAAGAAUGUGAAGGCCAAGAUCCAGGAUAAGGAAGGCAUCCCCCCUGAUCAGCAGCGGCUCAUCUUUGCAUGCAAGCAGCUGGAAGAUGGGCGCACUCUUUCUGACUACAACAUCCAGAAAGAGUCGACCCUGCACCUGGUCCUCCGCUUGAGGGGUGGCUGUUAAUUCUUCA